AUUCACAGUGCAACGUAAGUUCUUUUCUUCUUUUUUUUCGAAAAAACAACUUUGUUUGAGAAGAACAAGACAUGUCUCGUCUGGUUCUUGCCUCCUUCCUUCUUUUGGCAAUUUUCUCCAUGCUUGUUGGAGGAUUUGGAGGAUUUGGAGGAUUUGGAGGACUUGGAGGACGUGGUAAAUGUCCAAGCAAUGAGAUCUUCAGUAGAUGCGAUGGACGGUGCCAACGUUUUUGCCCCAAUGUUGUUCCUAAACCUUUAUGCAUCAAGAUAUGUGCACCAGGAUGUGUAUGUAGACUUGGUUAUUUAAGGAAUAAAAAGAAGGUAUGCGUUCCGCGAUCUAAAUGCGGAUGACUUUUAUAAUUAUUUCAUGAUUAUUUUAUGAUUGUUUAACAAUUAUUGUAUUGUAUUUUAUCAUUCAUAAAAAUUGUUAUGUUAUUAUUUUAUCAGUAAAUAUAUAUAUAUUAUUUUCAUUAUUCAUUUUAAUAAAAGAUGAAUGGAAUAAUGUCAAGU